AUGCUGACUGUGGUUUCUGUUGUUGCAGAGCUCAAAAAUUGGCGGAUUUCUCAGAUAUUUGAACGACAGAAUAACACGGACGAGAGGAGGCGUUGCUCGUUGUGCGGUAAGGUCGUUACGAAUGUACGGAAUCAUUAUUACGUGCAUUUCCCAGGCAAAUACGCUUGUCCACUGUGUCCUGCUGUUUAUACACGCAGUGAUACACUUCUCACGCACACACGCACUAAGCACGCCCACGUGCAAUAG